AGUUCUCUCUUUUCGACUACCGCCAUUGUGGGGAAAGGAAGGUAGAUUCAUAAUGUCUUCUCACAAGACAUUCAGGAUCAAGCGCUUUCUGGCGAAGAAGCAGAAGCAAAACCGACCGAUUCCACAGUGGAUCAGAAUGAAGACAGGCAACAAAAUCAGGUACAACUCCAAGAGGAGACACUGGAGGAGGACCAAACUGGGCCUGUAAAACUGCCAUCCUCACAUGGCUCCCCGCGGUCUUACCCUUAUCCACCAUGGCCUCCUCUGGGCCCAGACCAGAAGAGACGGCCAUCACAUGGAACCACAGCCUCUCCUAUUUUUUUUUGUACAGAUACUCUGCUCAUCGUUGUGUGUGAACAAUAAAGAUGGAUGAAAUGAAAUGGCAAA